UCAGGAAGAAAAGAGUAACAUUCCUUCUAAUACAUUGCAGUCCUGGCCUCCCCAAAAAUCCUUGUCCUAAAACCCAGCUGUCAGAGCCAGCCAUUUUGAUGAGCCACUGAUAGGGUUGAUGCACCACCUAGUGGUUUAAACUGAAAAUACCCCUUAAGGAUAUCCCUGGAGAAUCCAAGGCAAGGAGGGAACUGUGAUCUGUCCAAGGCUGGAAAAGGGAGCUGAGAAGAAAACCUACCCACACUCAAAGCCUUUCUAUAUUUCCCUGUAGCCUAUAGCCACACAUCAUUAAAAGAUGUAUUUCUUUUGCUAGCCUGUUUAAGGGUUUACCCAGCUUAUCAGGAAAAAAGCAAGAACUAGAAUCCAGGAGACCUGAACCCCAAACCCCAGGAGACCUCAACCCCAUACUCCCCAAUAGACUGAAAAACUGUGUCUCCUAAGAUCUCUCCCCAGGACUGUAAACCACCCUGGAGAUCUUUGGGCCUUAUUCAGCAUCUGGGGGAGACUCAGUAGAGAAGUUAGUGACAGUGAAGAAGCAGGGAAAGAAAGGGAAAAUGGGAAAGAGAAGGCUCUUUCUUUUCAAAGAACAGUUUCCAUUGAGCUUAUGCAAAAACCUUGGAGUAACAGAAGGGCAAUAGAAUGCACUGUUUCAGGGUGUAACCCUCCUUCCUUGCUCUUUCAGGCGUUGUUAGUGGGUGUCCAUUCCUUGUGUCUUACUUAGCACAUGUUAAUGAGCAGCCCAAGGAGGCCAGACCAAGGUCCUACAGACCAAGCAAGACCAAGGCUGCCCGUGCACUUCUGCAGGAGAGAAGUUCGCAGGCCAGGUCAGCACCUCCAGAAGAACUCUAUUGUAGAUCAGGCAUGUCACAUUGGAGAGUUACAGGAAAGAGAGGCAGCUAGGAGAUACAGUCUGAGAGAAGAGGAUGUAAAAACAGCUUCUAGAAUGCAGAGCCGUGCUCGUGCUUUGGUGUCUGAUACAGACAAGGCUGUUAACUGGUAAAGUCAAUUCAGAAUGGUAGGGUCCAGCCCCAGGAAACCAGGCUGCUGACUGGGCUCCCUCCUCUCUACCUCUAGAAACCUAAGGGGAAUGGAGAAAGUCCAAGCAAUCAAAGGAUCAGACAGGAGAGGUCUGCACAGACAAAAGUAGAUCCAGGAAGCAGCCAAAUGUAGCGUCAAUCAGUGCCAGGUUCAGUGGUGGUCCAUCUAUAGAGAUUGGUCCCAAGUCAGUUGAGGUUAGCAUUGUGCUCAGUGUAAUAGCCCCCUGACUCUGCAGGAACCAAGGUUCUGGAACAUAUUCUCAGAAUGAGCCUCCAACUGUUCUUUUCAGCCCCUAGACUUGAUUAUGUCUACUCUACAGGCACCCCAGCCCCAGAAAGCCCCCCCGGUACUCAGACCAAGGCAGGCGACAGUACUUCCCCUGUUUGAGCCUCAAGAGUUCUUGCCCUUCACCAUAUCUGGACUGGCAUCACAGUCCACCUUUCACCUUCCUGUUAGUCUCUCUGCUCAAGUUCCUAAACCUCCAGGCUCUGCUGACUAGGUUCUCUCUUGUGUAUUUUGGCUCACCUCUAUUUUCAUUUCUCAACGUUGGUUCCAUCCUCGAGUGAAGUGUGGCUUCUUCACCUUUGUUCUAAGCUGAGCUCAGGAUACGAACAUUUUCAGGAGAUAAAGAAGAGAACAAAAUGUUCCUAGUGGAGAGAACAGUGUGAGACAAAGCUUGAAGAUAAUGAAAUGUGGGGAAAACCUAGGAAGCAGUGAGCAUAAGGGUUUAAGGUACAAGCGAAACAAGAUUCUGAGGGGGUGGCGAGGGCCCCGUUGUGGAAGACCAGAUGAGAACCUGUUCCUGCACUUGGUGAGCUCUAGGGUAUCUUCUAGGAUUUCAAGUUGGGGAAUGAAUGAUCAUAGAUCUGAGGUUGAUUGGGAUAGGGGGAGCGAAGGGGGUGGUUGGGGAUAGAGAAACUCAUAGAAAACCAGCACAAUAGCCAGAGAUGAGAAAACACAUACUGGAACAAGUUAAAGGUCCAGAGAAGGAGCCUUCAAUGGGAGCCCACAAUGGAGGCAGGACUGACAAGAUUUAGCAACCAGUUGAAUGCACAGUGGCAGGGACACACAAAAUCAUGGUUGUCUUACAAUCAUUGGUGCCUUAGCUUCAGGGAGAGACAAUAUCCAAAUAAAGGCAAAGACCUUCUCAUCACUGAACACCAGGCUGCACCUGACGAGAAUCUGUUUGUUAUGGUGGCUCAUCACGUCCUCCAAGCUCCUCCUGGAAGUAUGCUCGGGCCAAGCUUCAGGCAAAGCUCCUGCCAGGAAGCCAGAAUCCCUCAAGUGGGCUCACCUACCUUCCCAGGGAUGGGAAUGGGUAGGCAUUCACCUUCAGCACAAACAUACCAGCUCCCUCAGCUUUUUCCCCAAUCCCUAAGAUCCCCUCUCUGAGGGAUUUUGGGAAUAGUCUCAGGGAAAGGACUGGUUUCUUCAAGUGUAAGGCUCAGAGUCCAAGAGCUCUCUUCUGGCCCUGUGUACUUUUCAGCAGAUAAAUCCAUCCCCCUUCCCCUGUGCCGAAGAGAUCCUUUGAGCGCUUUCAUGCUUCUUGGAGAGUCCCGAGGGUGUCACAGAAUAGUGUAGCCUGCGAAAUAAAAUUACUGCCUCCCGAAGGCUUCUUAGGCCAUCUCAUUCGCCCUCUCCUAUGGCUAUGGAUCAGCCUCCCCCAGAAGCAUGUCCUGCUGCCAAAGAAGCCCCCCUGGGGAGGGGCCUCCAGACCCUACCAGUUAUGGCUGUAACUCCAUUGUGCCUCCGGCAAAACACCAGGAUCAAUUUAAUGAUUUUCCUCUGACCUAGCAGGUCCAGGGCUGCAUUUCCUCCCAUGCAAAUUGAGGAAUACAAGCUGCCUGUUGAGUGCCCCCCCCCCCCACCCAGUGGAGAAAAUCUACCAACCAAGCUUCCAUAUGCCCAAAUGCCAGAGUAUUUGCAAAAUCGUUAUUUUCAGAUUCAAGGGAAAGCUAUGGCCAUGAACCUGGCCACAUGUAGAAGGACUGAAUGCUAAGUGGCCAAGCACCCCCCCCCCCACACACACACACAAUUACAAAUCCCAGGCAGGUGUCUCUAAAUGACAGUUCAGCUGGCUUAGAGUGGCCGUAUCUGGUACCUAGCCUGCCCCUCUCUGUACCUCAAGUCUGCUUCAAGCUGUCCUCACCUUUACUUGGCAAACUAUGAUGGCCAAGCCCCUCCUCUGCUCGGUCUCCAUCAGGAUUACGAUGACCCCAUCUUCAAUGAAGCAGAACCCAGUAACCUGCCUCCGUGCCAUAGAAGCAGACAUAUAGCCGCCAGAGCCCCACCAAUCUCCACACCUAUCCAAGUAUAGCGAGAAAAGAAACUUCUGUCUGCAUGUGAGAACCCCAUUGGGCCCACUGGGCAUGUGCUUGCUCAUGCCUAAAGGAAAGACAUGUGUCUCUUUCCUCUGCUCUCAACACCUGUAACACCAAAUGUGUGGGUUUUCACACACGAAGCCAUUCUCCAGUUCUCAGCAGAUGCCAAUGGGGAUCCUACAAUUUAACUCAAUGUUGACGCUAACUACCCAGAGUGAGUGCAGACCCCACAGGCUAAGGGCUUAGUCCCAUAACACUGCUCCCCCCCAUUUCAGAUGCCAAUUCCAAGUCACAGGUUGUCACCUGUACCCUUGACUGAAGCCAGACUGACAGGAAGUCCCAUGAGCCCUUCCUGGAUUCAAUAAAUUUGCCAUAAUGGUUCAUAGAACCCAGGGAAAUGGUUUACUCACUAUUCCUGAUUUAUUAUAAAGGAUGCAGUUGAAUGAAGCAGAUAUCUAAGCCAAGGAGCGUGAAACUUCCAUCCAUGCCCUGUCUGAGGGUGCCACCUUCCAGUGCCUGGACAUGUUCGCCAACCCCUCAGCUUUCUGGACCAUGUAGUUUAGGGAUUUUCAUGGAGACUUCAUCAUACAGACAAAAGCAGUUAUUUACUCAGUCUCCAGCCCCUCUCCCCUUUCCAGAGGAUAGAGCAUGAGGCUGAAAAUUCCUCUGAUCAUGGCCUUGUCUUUCUGGUGACCAGCUCCUAUCCUGAGGCUACCUAGGAGCCCACCAAGAGUCACCUCGUUAGAGCAAAAGAUGCUCCUGCCAUCCAGAAAGUUCCAAGGGAUUUAGAAGCUCUAAGCCAGGAACCAGAGUCAAAGACCAAAUAUUAGAAAAAAACAAAAUGCUCCUAGCGUCCCUGUCAUUCAGGAAAUUACAAAGGUUUUAGGAGCUCUGUGUCAGGAACCAAGGGCAGAGACCAAAUAUAUAUUUCUUAUUAUGUUACAAUGCCCAUUCUUUUCUCCAUUUGAGAGGCAUGUGAAGCCUCUCCCUUCUGUUCCCACAGCCUAUAAUAAGGGUGUCCCUGGACCCCUAUGCGCUAUACCAGUAGAGCACAGCCACUGAGCAGCCUUACCUGCUCCCCGUAACCAUCCCUUAAAGACAGGCCUGAGAAAUAGGGAAGCCCUGGAACAAAGGCAGGGUGGGGGAGACAGGGUGCCUUGGUCCCUGCUUUGGCAGGCCUGCCCUGGGGUCCCUCACACCUGCCCUCCACAUCCUCACCCAUAACCACCUUAGAGCAAAUGUAUCACUGAAGCCCCUGCCAGGUUGUCAGGAGCUACCCAACCCACGCAGCAGGUGCCCAGUCCUGGAAUGAAUAAAAAAGCUGAUACAGAAACAUUGUGGUCGGAAUAUCUGAGGGGUGUUCCCGAUACAAGAUAAAGGAGACAAAUACUAAUCGUGCCUGAGCUAUGUGGAUCUGUGUUUAUUCUACCAAAACAUACCCUUGUUUUACCCUCCUCCUUAACGGGCUGCCCCAGACCAUCACUAGAUCCGACUUCGACCCAGCGUCCUGCCUGACUGUGUCUGUGCCAUGUUUCCGAACCCACCAGCAACUGGAGUAAACACAGACAAAACUUGUUGCCAACCCACACCCUGCCAGCAACAGCUAUCCACUCCAAGCUGCAAAGAUUUGUUUCCUUGGGAUAAGAAAGCAACCUUUCUGGGAUCUUUUCAUUUAAUUUUUAUUUAGCUUGUAUUUAAUUCUAUGGAAACAAUUCUGGAGUUGUAUGCAAAUACAGCACAAGAAAGGAUUUUUUUUUAAGUUUAUUUAUUUUGAGCGAGACAGAAAAUGCGAGUGGGGGAGAGGCAGAGAGAGAGGGAGACAGAGAAUCCCAAGCAGGCUCUGCACCAUCAUCAUGGAGCCCGAUGCGGGGCUCGAACUCAUGAAACCAUGAGAUCAUGACCUGAGCUGGAACCGAGAGUCACAUGCUUAACUUAAGACUGUGCCACCCAGGCUCCCCUAAAGGGUAUUUUAAAGUACAAGCAAGCAUCUCUUGCAGGUCAAUGCAUUCCAGCUUUUCCAAUGACAUCUAAUAUCUGAAAAACUUCUGCAGGAUUCUGGACUUUUCUCCAUUAACCUGCCUCUAGAAAAUCAUCAUGUCUUUGAGUUUUGGAUACAGGACCAGCCUAUAUGGAAAUGGUUACAAACUCUUCAGUGGUGUGUUCAGAUCAUGGAAAGACAAAGGUGAUACUCAUGGUAACAUUUCUUUAUGGUGCAAAAGAACGAAAUCCCCCUGAUAUUGCUGCUUGUACCCAGAAACUGUUGUUUCUGGUGGAUUCUAUGGCAGGGCUCCCUCAGCAUGGCCGGCCCUCACUGGAGACCUACUACGUGCACAGCACCACCAACGCCAACACAGUGAAGUGCUAUGGGAAUAUCGAGAAGAAGAGAAAGAUAGUCUGGUCGGGGAUGAGGGACGGAUAUGCAAACCACUGACCUGCAUGGAAAGCAGCAUGAAAUCAGUGCCCUUGGAGAGAUUCAAGCGAGAAGCACCAUGAAAUGGGCCAUUAAAUUCAUCUCCAUGAAGAUAGCAUUGGUGCUGAGUCUUGAAAGAUUUGUAGACCUUUAAUCCCCCGAAGUGAGGGCAGCAUGCUUCAAUGUGAGAGAAUACUGUAAACAAAGGUAAAGAGAUGUGAAAGUCGAUGACUUAUCUGAAAACCCCCAAGGUAUCAGCUACAGCAAGCUCAGGGGGUGGGGGGCAACCUUCAGUAUUUAUUAAGAAUUUCGUGGGGUCAGGAGCACGUUUCAAACGCAGAUUAUCCGGCACAUUGCCAGAUGCUGUUCUCCAGAUCCACUGAUCCGAAAUGGGAUAAGGGCAUGUGAGAGAUACAGCCGGGUUAGAGGACCAGUAGAUCAUACCUGUGUCAAGUCCCGAAAUUCCAGGGUUGGUCUUAUGCCAAUCCUGGCUGACUCUGAAGGUGUUCAGGAACUAACUCUAUUCGGGACUGGGAGACAGAACCAAAAUUACGUUAAGAAGCAAUUCUGGGUUCUUGAAAAUGAAUAAGGGAAAUGUCAGAAAGUACCUAAAAUCUGUCUUUUGUUUUGUUUUGUUUUGUUUUGUUUUUGCUGUAGAGGAGUUUAUGACACUGAGUAUACAUCAAAAAGACUCUUUAAAAAAAAAUAGCAUGUUUGUUUUAAAAGAGAGCUAUCUGGGGGCACCUGGCUAGCUCAGUCGGUUAAACCUCCGACUCUGGAUUUCAGCUCAUCAUGAUCUCAUAGUUCCUGGGAUCGAGCACCCUGUCGGGCUCUGUGCUGACAGCAUAGAGUCUGCCUGGGAUUCUCUCUCUCCCUCUGGCUCUGCCCCUCCCCUCACUUGUGCUCUGUCUUUCUCUCUCUCUCUCAAAAUAAAUAAACUUUAACGAAUAGAUUAAUUAAUUAAUUAAUUAAUUAAUAAAAUGUAGCUAUCUGGGCCCUAUUUCAAAGAUUCUGAAUUAGAAUUGGGCAUGGGCACAGAUGCUACCUGUUACCAGCUCUGGUGCUAAUUCUGAGGUACUACCAGGUUUAAGAACCUGUACCUUAGAUCAUAUAUUUAUGUUUUGUGUAUAAUAAGGCUAUCCAAUUGUAUUAAAAUGUAUUUAUUUUGUAUUCAUUUUGAUUUUGUGUCUUCCUAGAAUUCUAUCUAUAUCUGAAAGAUGCCUAAAAACUGUAUACUCGUGAUACAUACCCCUAAGUAUAUACAGGCAUAGAACCUAUAUUUCUAAUUGGGACACAUGAGCUUUUCCAUAAGCACUAUUUUUUGAAAUUUAACUCCAAAUUAAAUUAAAGAAAUAGAAAAAGCUGCUGUUGUUCAGAAAACAAAUCAUGGAUUCUUUGCUUCUACAAUAAACUUUUAAGAGAGUUUGUUCCUAGUGGAAAUUCAUUGUUACUAAAUAAAAAUCUUGAGGAAGAAAAAAAUACCUUAUAUAUAAUCCACAUUGGGGAUGCAAAUUGUAGAGAAACAGACACCAAAGGAUUUGCAUUUAAUCAAAUCUAAAGCAAGUCAUUUCAGAAGCAUCACUGACAGGUACAGAAGCCUUUCCCAUCAGGACCAGGCUGACCUUUCCAGAGACCAGGAUCCCUUAUCAAGGAGAACACAUUCACCAGAUAUCCUACAUUGCCGUUAAGAAGGAGAUUCACCAGAACCAUCCAGAAUGGAAAAUGUCACAGGAGACUACAGCAAACGCGUGUAUCAAGGCGUGAGAGUGAAGCACACGGUCAAAGACUUACUGGCGGAAAAACGAUCCCGGCAGACAAGUAACUCAAGAUUUAAUAGCGGAGUCAGCAACUCCCCGUCUCUGUUUGCCCAGAUGCCAGGUUCACCGGUAACGUCAGGUUACUAUGGUGUCAGAAGAUCUUUCCUCUCUGACUCGGAUUUCCACAACACGAAACAGUUUGCAAACGACGUCUGCACCUCACCGGCGAAGCCCUUUCCCUGUGAGGCCCCCGCAGGGCAGAGCCACCCGGCCCUCCUGGAUUCCUACUUCCCGGAGCCCUACGCAGACCACCGGCCCCCGCCGGGCCUGACCCCCAGCACCAGCUCUCUGUUCAGCGCCUCGCCCCUGUCGCCGCUCCUGCCUCCACCCUUCCCUGGGGACCCCACGCACUUCGUGCUUAGGGACUCAUGGGAGCAAACGGUGCCCGAUGGUCUCAGCCAGGCAGACCCCGUGCCCGCCGAUACCCCGCAGACCUUGCCGCCCAGCACAGGAUGUCUCUCCCAGCUGGAGUCUGGGACCAGCACUCAGCACAGGAGCUCCAGCUGGGGGGCCCCCCUAGCUGGGGCUCAGUCCUACUCCCUGCAUGCACUAGAGGAUCUGUAUCAUGUGCCGGGGUACCCCACCCCACCCCCGUGUCCCUUCACCCCUUUCAUGACCAUGUCCAAUGAUCUACCGCACAAGGUGGUGCCCCUCGCCCCACAGGAGGGGGUAGACACCCCUUCCCUUCAGGACCCUUCUUCGUGGACCAAAGAAGACGGGAGCAUGGUGUGGGGGUCAUAUGAGUGCCGUAGAGCUUACUGAAGGGAGCGCUGAAGGACUUCUGCUGGGCUUUUCUCUGAGUGGGGUUCUGUAUUUCACGGACCAUUUGCAGUGUGGUAGCUUAUUCAUUCAGAACCAGAUUCUCAGAACAGGCCAUCAGGACGCCCUUUGUCAACAGACCACGGGAUUCAUUUGUAAUCCUCCCUACCACAGCCCCAUGAAAUACAACGUAUGUUAAUUCGGGACAUCAGACCGUAUUCUAGUGAGACACCUGAGAGCGAUGCCUUUUUGGAACUUUAGUAACACCUUACAUUCUGAAUUUCUGUUAUCUUUGAACUAUCAUGUUUCGCGCUAGUAGUUUUCUUAAAUUACAUUAAAAAGUUUAUGCAGAUCAUGAAAUACACUGA